ACAUUUCAAUAUUCUAUUGUUGCCGCAUUUUGUGACUCUUUCCAGCUGAAAAAUACAGAAAAUGCCUGAAAUUAAGUUGGUGCCGCUCGGCGCCGGGCAAGAUGUUGGCAGAAGCUGUAUUAUUGUUACUUUGGGAGGAAAGAAUAUCAUGUUAGAUUGUGGUAUGCAUAUGGGGUUCAACGACGAACGAAGGUUCCCAUAUUUUGAUUAUAUUACUGGCGGCAAAGGAACACUGACAGAACAUAUUGAUUGCGUAAUCAUCAGCCACUUCCAUCUCGACCACUGUGGAGCUUUGCCAUACAUGUCCGAGAUGAAAGGAUACGACGGACCAAUAUACAUGACCCACCCAACUAAAGCUAUAUGUCCCAUAUUACUGGAAGAUUACCGGAAAAUUACGGUGGAUAGGAAAGGAGAAACAAACUUUUUUGACUCGAAGAUGAUCAAGGAUUGCAUGAAGAAAGUGAUUCCAGUGAAUCUUCACCAAACUAUACAUGUUGAUGACCAGCUUGAGAUAAAAGCUUACUACGCUGGCCAUGUCUUAGGAGCCGCCAUGUUUCUGUUAAAAGUUGGCACGGACUCCGUUCUUUACACAGGGGAUUAUAACAUGACUCCUGAUCGCCACCUAGGGGCAGCAUGGGUGGAUAAAUGUCGGCCCGAUGUUCUGAUUACUGAGUCAACUUAUGCAACAACUAUCAGGGAUUCAAAAAGGUGUCGUGAGAGAGACUUCUUGAAGAAAGUCCACGAGCGAGUAGAAGAUGGAGGGAAGGUGUUGAUACCCGUGUUUGCGCUGGGGAGGGCUCAAGAACUUUGUAUUUUGCUCGAGUCAUAUUGGGAUAGGAUGAAUUUAAAGGUCCCCAUUUACUUCUCAGCUGGCCUUACCAACAAAGCUACAGAAUAUUACAAACUGUUUAUAACAUGGACCAAUCAGAAGAUCAAGGAUACUUUCGUUGAAAGAAAUAUGUUCGAUUUCAAACACAUUAAAGAGUUUAACCGAUCCUACAUAGACAACCCUGGCCCUAUGGUGGUGUUCGCUACCCCUGGCAUGUUGCAUGGGGGUUUAUCACUGGAGAUAUUCAAACGCUGGUGCACGAAUGAGAAGAACAUGAUAAUCAUGCCUGGGUACUGUGUAGCAGGGACUGUGGGAAACAAGAUCUUGUCGGGGAUGAGAAAAAUUGAACUCAAACCUGGACAGAUAGUGGAGAUAAAGAUGCAAGUGGAAUACAUGUCGUUCAGUGCGCACGCUGAUGCCAAAGGUAUCAUGCAGUUGAUACGAAUGUGCGAACCGUCGAACGUAAUGUUAGUGCAUGGGGAAGCUGGGAAGAUGGAUUUCCUAAAGUCAAAGAUUAACCAGGAGCUGCAUCUACCUUGUUUCAAACCAGCCAAUGGGGAGACAGUCGUCAUAACAACCAACCCACCAAUCACAGUGGACGCAUCAACGAACCUUUUGCGGAAAAAUCGUGAAAUCUUAGGAACGUCCUAUAACCCGAAGCGCGUUAAGACUUUGCAUGGAGCUGUGCUUAUGAAAGGAAAUGAGAUAAAGGUCGUUGACGGGGAGGAAGCCGUGGAAGAAUUGCAACUCAAGAAACAUGAGGUUCGUUUCACAUCAACCAUUCACAUGCCGACCUCCCAACCCCAACCCACAUCGUCAUCCAUGGAGCAACUUCAUGAUCAUCUAAAGAAGACCCUUCGUACGCAUAACGUGAGCGCGACAUCAGACGGGAAUCUUCUUAUUGAUUCGAUUCUCCUUAAAGCCCAACCCUCUUCCACUGACGAAUCGUCCCAUCUUGACGUGCUUGUAUCUUGGUCUAUACAAGAUGAGGAACUCGGUAGCUACAUCACUGAUCUUCUUCGAACCGGACUCCCAGCUCGUGCUCAGUAAUCAGAAACCAUGGAUUCCGCAUAAUACUCUUGAAUAUAAAUGUCUAAUUUUUGCUCACUUUGUCUAAUUUUGCCCAAUUUUUUUGAAUCCCCGUUUCGGCACUCAGCAAAUUUGUUUUUCUAAAUAUUAAUCAGCGCGCCUGGUAAUUUUAGGGGACCACACCAUUUUUUCUUUAAAACAUUUUCACCAAAAAAAAGUUUUUAUUCGUUGGAAAUCAUUUCCAAGUAAAUAACGAAGUUUCAUAGAAAUCAUAUUUCUAUUUUCUUUUCAUAAAAUCAUUGAAGAUUUUCUGCUUUUGUUGUAAAAUUUCCAUUUAAAGUGAAUAAAAUUUCUGAUAUUUCA